UACCAUUAUGUCGACCAACACCCACCUCCUCGCCCAAGAGGGCUUCCUCGCCCAACAACCAAGUAUCAAGUACUUCCCCCCGUCCUUUUCCGAAUUCGACUCUUUGCGACAGGUAUGGAACACCUCUGGUGCUGGAACACCUCUCGCCAUCGUCCAGCCGCAAUCUGCGCGCGACGUGGCUGCUUUGAUAAAGUUCGUCAAGGCCAACUCAGUGCCCUUCACACUACGCUCAGGAGGGCAUAAUCUAGAGGGGCGGUCGUCUGUGAACGAGGCUUUACAGAUUGACCUGCGCGCCUUGAACUCUGUGGCUGUUGCACCGGAUCGCAAAUCGGCAACUGUCGGCGGAGGCAUCUUGCAGGGGGAGCUGGGUAACAGGCUGUGGGAAGAGGGUCUCGCCACCCCGACUGGAGCGGUCCCGUCAGUCGGGUACACUGGCUGGGCGACGUACGGCGGAUAUGGGCCCUUCUCCUCGCAUUGGGGACUAGGUGUCGAUCAGAUUAUCGGCGCAACCAUUGUCGAUGCUAAUGGUGAAAUCCGGACUGCGGACCAAGAGCUGUUACAGGGGAUCCGGGGUGCCGGUGGUCUCUUCGGUGUUAUCGUCCAGCUUACCGUCAAGGUUUAUCCUUUGACCGGGUUCCUAGCAGGCCCCAUCAUCUUCGACUCAACCGACAUCGCAAAGACAUUUGUCGACUUCAACAACGCCUACACGAACCUCCUAGAUACCGAAGGCCUUCCUCCACAACUAACAGUGCAACGAAUCGUCUUCAACUCACCCCACGGCCGGGCGUUUGCCGCGUUGUUCGUCUGGAGCGGAUCCAAGUCCCAAAUUGAUGAAGGCAAGCGUUGGGCGGAGAGAAUAGCCAGCCUGGCCCCAUGCAAUGUGAACCUCGUGGGGCCUACCACCAUCCCCGAAUGGUUUGCCAGCAGCGCGCAUUUACCGACAGGCGUGUAUGGCUCACCCUGGACACACAAUCUCGCUCGGAUCCCGGAGAACGUCGCCGAGGCCAUCGGUCGAAAUCUUGCCCGUCUACCAACUGAUCUUGCGACCAUGUUCUCCCUGCAUCAGUUGCGGCGUGGUCUGUCAACCGAGGGAGCUGGAAGUGAAGUCUCGUCGGUUUUUGCGACUCGAGAACCGCACUACAUGCUUGAGAUUCUAGGGUACGCGGCCGUCCCGUCUGCGCAGGAAGAAGCAGAGAAAUGGGCGGCGCAGAUGGCGGUUGAAAUUCAAGAGGUUGAUCCAGAGAAUGUACUUCCGACCGCUUAUAUUUCUUUGUAUAACGCGCGUCGUGGAGGGUCGCCGGAUAAAGUGUUGGACAAGGUGUAUCAGGCAAAUGCCGAGGUGGUUAGGGCUCUGAAGGUGACGUUUGACCCAGGGAAUUUGUUUCGUUUGGCGGUGCCGGCUAUGGAGUGAAGUACGUAAUUAAGUACUUCGUUGAACCAGGUCUACGUCAUGGCUUACCUGAUGGGCUUUAGCUGUAUUCAAGCUUCUGGUGUUUCGGAUGAUCCGGGCG